GUUUUUCUUCUGAAAGGAUUCUUUUUCUUUUUUGAACGAGAUUUAUUUAGGACAUCUGUGUCUAGCUUCCACUCCUCUUUGUAGGUUUUUAUAUUUUGAAGAGAAACAUGUUUAGAUUGAAUUUUGAGAUGUUUUGAGUUGAAUAAAAGUUUGCAACUUAUUAUUCAUUUUCUUACGGAAUUGAAGAAGAUGAAUUGGAUAUUUAUCAGUUUCUAUUCAUAGUAGGACAAUGGGGGAUGAGCCGCAUUAUAUCCCUCUUUUUAAUUAUUAAACAAAAAAAAGAGGCAAAUUAUAAUUAAUUCGUUUUUAUCACCCCAUAAAUGAAUCUUUUUCCACCUGCGUAUACUUGUUUCAAUAUUGAGUGGAGUCCGCCAAUGAAAUAAUUUUGGAAAUUGUAAUUCCUCGACAAUUACUAACGUACGAGGUUGUAUGGUCCAGUUGUAAUUAAUUGUUCUUUGGGCUACAUAUGAUGAUUAAUCGGCCUACUUAUGACCCUGACCCUUAUAUUGUUGGUUGGAAUUUUACGGCCCCACAAAUUAUUAAUAAUAUUGAGUAUUUAUUAUUAUAUCGGAAAAGAAAACCAUAAUGUAAUGUGAAUAUGUGAUGGGUAUGUUGAUAUGAUAUUCCUGCCCUGCCCUGCCCUGUCAUGUCAGUGAGCGAGCGAGUGAUAUAUAUAGAAGAAGAUUUUAAGAUUCAGGAGAAGGGAUAGUCAGUCGGUCGGAGUUUGAUUUUGAUAUAUUUAUUGAAGCAGGAGGGAAGACGACUAAGAGGGCGCGGCAUUGAGGAGGAUGACGACGAUGAGGAUAGGCAGGCGGAGGAAGUGAAGCAGAAAUGGAAACGUAGUAUUGUCGGGAAACUUAUGAUGUGUUUUAAACCCGGGAAUUGCCUCAUCAGCAGAAGCAUCUCCCUCUGGAAGCCGCCGCCGCCGCCCGCCUUCGGAUCACAGCGCAGCAGCAAGUCUACAGUAGCAAGAAGGAUGCCUCCGCCACAUGAAAUCCAUGGAGAUGGCGAUGGGGAUGGACAUCGCCGAACAAUGUACAUUCCGUCGGGGCAACGCUUCAUGCGAGCUGCAGAUCGUCAUCAUCAGGAUAUAACUAUGCACAUGCCCCUCCCUAACCCUAACCCUAACUUUAGAGUACGACGCCGAGGGCUCUGCUCUUGCUCUUCUUCUUCUUCUUACAAGAAGCAGCUCCGGUGGAAGACGGCCUCCAAAGAUGAACUUUUGGAGCUUCUCCGAAGCCAAUUAAUCCCCCCUACUGCCAAUGAUCCCAUUAAUCCUCCUAUUGCUGUUGCUGCUGCUGGUAUACCCUGUAGCAGCAACGGCAGCAAUACAACCAAUCCCAACUCCCAACUACUACUCAUGAAUAUGGCUAAUUCUGCGAGGGAUCAUGAACAAAUUUGUACAAGAUCAACAAUAAUGCCGCCCCUGCUGCAGGAAUAUUCGAUGAGCAAGAGCGCAGGUAGAGACUUCUUAAUGGAGACCACUAACCCCCUUUUCCGCAGGCUAGAAAGUACUACUGACUUGUCGUCGUUGUCACCGUCACAUCCUCACCCUCACUUGCAAUUGGAUCGAGUUGCUGUACUGUAUAAUGGGCUGGUCAGGGGUUCAAGUGGUGAAGGUUAUCCACCACCACAUAAUAUCAAGAUCGAUGAUUUGCAGGCUUUCGUAGAAAACUCCCAUUGGGUGGCUUAUCGAGCUUGUCCUAACUCGGUCUACAAUGUCUCCAUAAAAGAUUGUGCAUUCUCCUCCUCUGAACACAUCAACACAUAUGACGCCGAGCUUCAAGAACUCCGAUUACAACUACAACUCCUGAAGAUCAAUUCGGCGUUAAUCUCCGGGGACUCUCGGAAGCUGCUAUCCUCCCUAAUAAUAAGCGACGCGGUCGGCCCUCGAGGGUGGGAAGCAUCAUUGUAUGUGCUUGAUGUGCUGAUCCAUUCUGGUCUCAAACUCUCUGCAGCCUUUGACGGAUUUAGAACUUCUUGGCACUCCCCGGAGAGCCCCUUGAAUAGCCGGUUGUUUGAUGCCCUCGAGGCGCGCCAUGACAAUGACGACGACCCAUCAUCAUCAUCAGGGGCAAGGCGGCCAGAACGGAUGCUGUUGUUCGACAGAGUGAACUCGGCACUGGUAGAUCUGUUCCGGCGGCACGUGGAGGCCGCGUACCCUCGGGUGAUGGGACUGCAUUCGAUUUGGGACGUGGGACGUGUAAUGGAAGCUCUUAGCAGGUUGGCCGACCAUGAAAUAGAAGAAGCGAGACAGUUGGUGCUAGAAAGAGCCGUGGACAAGGAGACACAGUGGCGGGAUUGUAAUGGAGAAGUUGGUGGAGCGUGUAAGGAAAUUGAAGAGCUUGUCGUAGAUGAAUUGAUGAAGGAGCUUCUUCAUGACUUGAUGAGUAGUAGUUGAUCAUGACGUACAUAUAGAGAUAGGCUAGGUUAGGAGGGAGACAAAUUUGCCGUAUGUUUUUUUGUUGUGUCAUUACAGAGAACUAAUGUUGGCUUCACUCUUUUGAAAAUGGUUCUUUUUGUUGCUAAUCUUUGGUGAAUAAUCGGUGGGAGUUUUUAUUUA